ACCACCCAGAAACACCAAAACAUGGCUCUACGCAUGUUCGUACAGUUCCCGGUUAGCUCACCCUUCCCGCCACCCACAAUAUCCGGUAGCCUAAACUCACCUGUACGGUUGAAACCGCCAUGUGCCGGUGGCCACUCAAUCCCCCUAUCCCAACCCAGACGGCCCCUAACACAGAAGAACAGAAGACAAUCAUUUCUCAGAGCUGUCGACGAAAGCCAGACGAAUUCAGAGUCGGGCGCGGAAUCGGUGAGAACCCAAGACAAAGAAUCGGCCGCGAGUCAACCCGUCAAGUUGAGCGAGUUGGGGAAGGAGAUCAAGGCAGCGAUGCAGAAGAGGAAGGAGGAGAAAGAGGGGGAUUUUUUUAGCGGAGUGGCGGAGGAAGUUAGGGAGAUCGAGUGGCCGGCGUUCGCUAAGGUGUUGGGAACCACCGGGGUGGUGCUCGGCGUCAUUUCCGGCUCCAGCGUCGUUUUGCUCACUGUCAAUGCUGUUUUGGCCGAGUUUUCCGAUCAGGUUUUUGCCGGGAGAGGGGUUCAGGAUUUUUUCAGCUGAGAGAGAGAGAGAGAAGUGAUAAUGUUGGGCUUCUGGGCCCACUAUCAUACCCGGGCCGGCUCAUAUGUGUUGUGUUGUGUUGUCUUCAUGGAAGAGAGACAAACUGUACAUCAUGUAAUGGAAACCCAUUUCUUUGUGUUUCAUAAAAUGACGGGAUUGAAUUUAAUUUUUUUUUAAAUUACAA